GAUUAGCCUUUAGUUGACGGGGGGUGAGGAAAGCGCAGUGCAUCACCUAACCUCCAUAUGAGGCGCCAUUUUAACAAAAGGUUGGUACAACAGUUACUUUUGUUAUCACGACGCUAGGGAGAAUUUUGUGAACCCGUUUCUCAUAUCAUCCUAGUUGUCCUAGUGGCCAUUGUAAGUCGUAAAAUAUGUUAAAAAGUGAAACACGUUUUUUGAAAUCAGAAUACUGAUUUGCGAAUUACUUACUUACCUGAAUUAGUCACGCCUGACAAUAAAAUGAAUUUCUUUCGCAAGCUUUUUGGAGGCAAGAAAAAAGAAACCCAGAAACUUUCGACCGAACCAUCGACCGAACCAUCAGAUGAAGUCGAUGCAUUGGUAAACAUGCGAUCCACUGAACGAUUUUUGAUGGAGAGACGUGAAAUAUUGAAUACUAAUAUAAAAAAGGAGUUGGCCACGAUAAAGCAAAAUGUCAUCAGUAAUAAACGAGUCGCGCUGAAUGCAUUGAAACGUAAAAACUGUUAUGAAAAACAGGCAUCCCAGAUUGAAGGUAUUUUAUCGACUGUCAUACAACAACGUUUGGCCUUGGAAAGUGUUAACACAAACACAGUAUUGCUCAAUGUAAUGGAAUCGACUUUAAACACUGUUAAAAUGGUGGAUAAAAAUAUCAAUAUAGACGAUAUUCAUAAAAUGAUUGAUGAUAUUGCAAAGUCACAUGGCUCAACUCAAGAAAUAUCGGAAGCCUCCCGUAAUUCAGCCACAUUGGAAGUUGAUGAAGAUGAGGAAGAAUUACAAAAGGAAUUAGAAAAUCUUGAAUUAGAAGAAUUGGACGAACAAGAAGAAUCAAGAAAAGGAUUAGAAAAUCUUGAACUAGAAGAAUUGGAUGAACAAGUAAUGAACAUGGAUCGGAUUCUAGCAGUAAAUUAUCCAUUGCCAGUUAUGCCAACAUUUGAACCUCCUGCACAAAUUAAAAAAACAUCUGAACGGAGAAAUUCCAUGAUGACAUGAAAGAGUGAUUUCAUACAAUGUUCAAAUUAAGUAUGGAUAACAUGGUGAUAAACUUAAACAAUAUUUUUGUGAGUAAAACAAGUUCCACUUAAAAUCUAAUUAGAAUUCAAAAAUUCAUCAUUGCUUAAAAAUAUAAAUGUGCCAUUUCAUUAAGCGUAUUUCCAAUACCUCCUAUAUACAAUUUUAAUUUUUUUUUCACUUGU